AUAAAUACAGCUUGACUCAGCGAUUGUGUGACUGAUACCCUUGGGACAUGAAGUGGAUACUGCUCUUUGGGGUCCUUAUUGGGCCCAGCAUCUGUGGCCGAGAAAAGUUUUUGGGGGACCAAGUGUUUAGGAUUAACGUCAGAAAUGGAGACGAGAUCAGCAAACUAAAUCAGCUAGUGAAUUCAGACAACUUUAAGCUCAAUGUCUGGAAAUCUUCCUCUACCUUCGGUCUUCCUGUGGAUGUCCUGGUCCCAUCUGUCAGUCUGCAACCAGUCAAAUUCUUCCUGAAGUCCCAGGGCUUAGAGUACUCAGUGAUAAUUGAAGACCUACAGAUUUACCGUGAGAUGGACAGCAUUGCCGGAGAUUUUCCUGAUUUGGUGAGCAGGGUGAAGAUUGGACAUUCGUUUGAAAACCGGUCCAUGUAUGUGCUGAAGUUCAGCAGUGGAAAAGGCAGUCACCGGCCGGCCAUUUGGCUGAAUGCGGGAAUCCAUUCCCGGGAGUGGGUCUCACAGGCCACGGCGAUCUGGACCGCGAGGAAGAUUGUAUCUGAUUACGGGAAGGAUCCAGCCAUCACCUCCAUCUUGGAGAAAAUGGAUAUUUUCUUGUUGCCUGUGGCCAAUCCUGAUGGAUAUGUAUACACGCACACUCAAAACCGACUUUGGAGGAAGACACGGUCCCUAAAUCCUGGAAGUUCCUGCAUUGGUGUUGAUCCAAAUAGAAACUGGAAUGCUGGUUUUUCAGCAAAGGGAGCCAGUGACAACCCUUGCUCUGAAGUGUACCAUGGACCACAUGCCAAUUCGGAAGUGGAGGUGAAAUCGGUGGUAGAUUUCAUUCAAGAGCAUGGGAAUUUCAAAUGCUUCAUUGACCUGCAUAGCUACUCACAGCUGCUGAUGUAUCCGUAUGGGUACACGAACAAAAAGGCCUCGGAUGCUGAUGAACUGGACGAGGUGGCCAGACGUGCGGCCGAAGCUCUGGCUUCCCUGUCGGGCACUCAGUACCAUGUGGGUUCUAUCUUCACCACUGUCUAUCAAGCUAGCGGGAGCAGCAUCGACUGGGCAUAUGAUAAUGGCAUCAAGUAUGCGUUCACUUUUGAGUUGAGAGAUACUGGGCACUAUGGCUUCCUCCUGCCAUCCAACCAGAUCAUCCCCACUGCGGAGGAGACCUGGCUGGGGCUGAAGACUAUCAUGGAGCACGUGCAGGACCACCUUUACUAGAUGAGGAGCCCCGUUCUGUCUACACUAUCCUCAUGUAUGUAGACACACUGAAGCCACUCUUAAAGGGAGCUCUUGUUCCUUCAGGUUUGAGUCAUAUCCCUCUGGCUUCGUGGAGAACACAGGUCAGGCCCUCUCCAGCC